UGUAAACAAAACCUGUCGUCGGUGUGUGGCAUGUGUGGGUGGGGAGUGAAUCUGUGUUUGUUUUCUACUAGGCCUAGGUUCUAGUGCAAAACAUUCCCAAUAUGUCUAACAUUUGUGCUACUUUACAUGCUAACCGUGUGCUAAAAUUGGAUAAAAGGCAUAUUCCAAAUCCAGGAAACAAUGAGGUGCUACUGUCAAUGAAAAGUGUAGGUAUAUGUGGAUCUGACCUCAAGUAUUGGGCAUAUGGAAAAUGUGGCCGAUUUGUGAUGGAUUCCCCAAUGGUGAUUGGCCAUGAAGCAAGUGGAGUAGUCGCCAAGUUAGGGGAAGGUGUAACUAACCUUAAAGUUGAAAGAUUACCAGACAAUGUCAGUUUUGAUGAGGGUGCACUUCUGGAACCUUUGUCUGUUGCUGUCUAUGGUUGUGAGAGAGGGGGUGUUGGCCUUGGAAGUUCAGUGCUUGUGUGCGGAGCUGGUCCUGUUGGGUUGCUAACAAUGAUGACAGCCAAGGCGAUGGGGGCUGAUAUAGUAGCUAUUACAGAUAUUGAUGAUCACCGAUUGUCAGUUGCUAAGAGUCUUGGUGCUGACCACAUUUUGAAAGUACCCAUGUCAGUUGAAGAGAAGCAGUUUGCCCUGCAAAUUCAGUCUGUCAUGGGCUGUGCUCCAGAUGUCACGCUCGAAUGUAGCGGAGUAGACAGCAGUCUGCGAUUAGCUCUUUAUGCUUCUCAAGAAGGAGGCUCGGUGGUUAUGAUUGGUCGAGGAUCCAUGGAGCCUACAAUUCCCCUGGCUUAUGUAGCUCUACGUGAGAUUGACAUAAAGGGUGUGUUCAGAUAUGCAAAUUCAUAUCCAAAAGCAUUAUCCCUUAUCACCAGUGGCAAGAUCGAUGUACAGCCACUUGUGUCACAUCAUUUCACCCUCAGCCAAUCACAAGAAGCCUUUGAAACGGCAGUCGACAGAGAAAGCAAAGCAAUCAAAGUAAUUAUAAGUUGUGAAAAUUGACCAAUAACAGCUGUCUCAUAACAGAAUAACCAAAGUCAAAUUUUAAAAUCAAAUUAUUAUAAUAAUAUAUUUUACAAUAUAAUUAUUUAUUUUAUUGUCUUUCUAAUUGUAUAUUAUUCCAUAAUUUAAGUUCAGAGUUAUAUAAUUUUGUACAUGAAAAUUUAAAAAAAUGACUUUACAUUAAAGUUAAAAAUGUGACACUCUUUUGUAUCAUGUUGUAUCAGUAUAGCAACACAUGAUAUAAGGUUGUUAGAAUGAAGUGUCCCAUAAUAAUUAGUCUAGACCUACAGUAUUGAUAGACUUCAAUAAGUGAUGAUACAAUGUAUUGCCACAAUAAGUGAUGAAAUAGGCCACAAUAAAUUCCAUAAGUUGUAUCACAGGAUGCAACAAUAAUAUAGGUCACAAUAUGACAUAGGCUGCAAUAAGUGAUGAAAUUCUAUAAGAUAAGACAGGAUGCAAGAAAUAUAUAAGUCGCAAUAAGUGUGACAGUGUUACAGGUAAAAUGUGACGAAAUGCCAAAAGGUCUCAAUAAAUGAAGACAUAUGGGCCACAAGGGAUGACAUAAAUUGUAACUGAGGGAGUACAUGGGCCAUAAAAUUUUACAACAUAGUUAUAAUUAAUAACGACAUGAGUCGUAAUAAGUGAAGACCUAGGCUACAAUAUGUAAUGACAUAAGCUGAAAUACUUAUGACAUAGGCCAUAAGAAGUAUUGGAAUAUAUGUUGUGUUCAGAAUAAAAACUGUCAAAAUUAAAUUAGUUUCCCUAAGUUUGAAUUUGCUGGAUAUUUUACAAUAGAUUUUAUGACAUUUUUUUUUGUACACAAAGUGAUUGAAAUAAACCUUUGAAAAUGAAAGUA